AUGGGGACAACAACAAGCGUUGCCGAAUCCGGUGCUAAAAUCCGUUUGUUCGAUGCUAAAGAAAGGCCACGCCAAGCACAUCUUUCAUACUUAAGGGGUCAAUUGCUGUUCUGGGAAGUGAUUUCGGACGAGCAUGGCAUCGAUCCCACUGGACAAUACGUUGGGGAUUCAGACCUUCAGCUCGAACGUAUCUGCGUCUACUACAAUGAGGCUGGACACAGCAAAUACGUUCCCAGAUCUCAGUUUUUUUGA